GGGUUAAGGUUGAUCUGCAGCCAUAUAUAAACCCCUCUUUCCUCUCACACUUCACACUCUCUCCCAACACAGCAACAACAGUAACGGAACUAGAAACCAAGAUGGCCGAACAAACUUUCAUCAUGAUCAAGCCUGAUGGUGUUCAAAGAGGACUCGUUGGUGAGAUUAUCAGCAGGUUUGAGAAGAAGGGUUUCUACUUGAAAGGUUUGAAAUUCUUGAAUGUGGAGCGUGCUUUUGCUGAGAAGCACUAUGCUGAUUUGUCUGCAAAGCCUUUCUUCAGCGGAUUGGUGGAGUACAUUGUCUCUGGCCCUGUUGUUGCCAUGAUUUGGGAAGGGAAGAAUGUUGUGACUACUGGCAGAAAGAUUAUUGGUGCCACAAACCCUGCUCAAUCCGAGCCUGGAACUAUUCGUGGUGACUUUGCUGUUGAGAUUGGGAGGAACGUUAUUCACGGAAGUGAUUCUGUUGAAAGCGCCAACAAGGAAAUUGGUUUGUGGUUCCCUGAGGGACCUGCUGCAUGGCAAAGCAGCCUCCACUCGUGGAUUUACGAGUAAAGAUAUAAACCUGAAGUUGAUGGUGAAUUUUCCCAUUUUGAUCCUUUGCUGGAACUUUAUAUCAGUGUUUUGAAGCCUUGGUUUUGAUGUUAAGUCUAGUUAUGUCGUAUCUGUUGAAACAUGUUCACAUUCUGAAAAAUUUAAUCUGAACUUUAAGUUUUGGUUUGGUUUUCCCUUCGUUCGUUUA